AUGCUGGGGACUCAGGGGCUUUGGGCCCUGCUGCCCACCAUUGUGCCUACAGCACCCUCAAGCAGGCGGACCUGUGUGUUCUUUGAGGCCCCUGGAGUUCGGGGAAGUACAAAGACACUGGGGAAGCUGCUAGAUGCCAGAACAGAAUUCCCCAGGAUCAUCCGCUGCCUCUACAGCCAUUGCUGCUUUGGAAUCUGGAACCUGACCCAAGACCAGACACAGGUGGAGAUGCAAGGAUGCCGAGAUAGUGAUGAGCCAGACUGUGAGUCUCCCCACUGUGAGCUGAGCCCCAGAGCCCAGUCCAGCCCCAGCUCCACCCUCUUUACCUGCUCCUGUGGCACUGACCUCUGCAACGCCAACUAUACCCAGCUGCCUACACCUGGGGGUCUGGGCACUGCCAGCUCCCAUGGCCUCCAGACUGCCCCAGGAGAGCCCAUCUGGACAGCACUGAUGCUUCUGGGAUUGUUCCUCCUACUGCUGCUGCUGGCAGUCAGCAUCAUACUAGCUUUGCUACAGCGAAAGUUCUGCAGAGUGCAAGGAGAUCUGGAGGUGCCAGAACCCGAGACUGAGACAGAGUCUGAGUGGAACUGGAGUGCUGAGCUUCCUGUGCUGCCUGAUCUCUGCUUUUCCCAGGUAAUUCGGGAAGGAGGUCACGCAGAGGUGUGGGCUGGGCAGCUCCAAGGCGAGCUGGUAGCCAUCAAGGCCUUUCCCCUGAGAGCCAUAGCCCAGUUCCGAGCAGAGAAAGCUUUGUACGAGCUUCCAGGCCUGCAACAUGACCACAUUGUCCGCUUUAUCACUGCCAGCAGGGGCGACCCGGGACCCCUGCCUUGUGGGCCCCUGCUUAUACUGGAACUGCACCCCAAGGGCUCCCUGUGCCACUACUUGUCCCAGCACACCAGUGACUGGGGAGGAUCCCUCCAGAUGGCACUGUCCUUGGCACAGGGCCUUGCAUUUCUCCAUGAGGAGCGCUGGCAGGAUGGCCAGUAUAAACCAGGCAUUGCCCACCGAGAUCUGAGCAGCCAGAAUGUGCUCAUUCGUGAGGAUGGGUCAUGUGCUAUUGGAGACCUGGGUCUUGCCUUGGUACUCCCUGGUCUCACUCAGCCCCCCACAUGGGCCCCCACUCAACCCCGAGGACCAGCCGCCAUUAUGGAAGCUGGCACCCAGAGAUACAUGGCACCAGAGCUCUUAGACAAAACUCUGGACCUGCAAGACUGGGGCACAGCCCUCCGGAGAGCUGAUGUUUACUCUCUGGCUCUGCUCCUCUGGGAGAUCCUCAGUCGCUGCCAAGAUUUGCUACCUGCACCCUUCCGCCCUUCCAACUGGCCUACGAAGCAGAACUGGGCAGCACCCCUACCUCUUGUGAGAUGUGGACCUUUGCUGUGGAGGAGAGAAGGCGCCCCUUGAUCCCAUCCGCCUGGCACAGCUACA